CCCAGCACACACCUCUGCUGCUCAGCAUCCAACAACAACAACAACAAUAACAACAAGCAGACGGAGGAGAAAAAGCAUGGAAGAGCAGAAAACAACAUCCUCCAGGUGGAGAAGAGCGGAGCAGACGAGCAUCAUGAAGAGGAACAUCAGCUGAGGAGGAGGAGUGUGGAUGUCAACCUGAGAUCAUCAGACACCAACAGGAACAACAAGCACAUCAACAAUAACAUCGACCCGCAUGUGAGUGGAAACUGUAGCAGCAGGAAAGGCUGCAGCAGCAGCGGAAAAAGCCGCGGCUCCUCCGGGUUGACUCUGAUGAUGAUGGGGCUGGAGGAGGAGGAGGAGGGCCUUGCUCUGAUCAACAUGGCGGACAACAAAGCGCAGGGACUGGGGUGAGACGAGCGGAACACAGCGCCAUGGACCAGCUUCACAACUCCCACGAAGGCUAUAACAACAACAACAACAGCCCGUACAACCACUACCCGAACUACCGACCCGGAUACGGGACCAGUGGUUACGGAGGCAUGAUGAGUCCCUCCCGCCAGGGGAACAGCCUGCUGGGCCCGAGCUCAAACCACAGCAAAGCGGCUAUGACUGCUGCCAGCUCCCCGGCUGGAGGUGGAGGCGGCAGCGGCGGAGGAUUUCAGCGAUACACCGGGCAGCAGCAGCCGCCGCAGCCACCCGGAGCUACACCGACUCUGAACCAGUUAUUAACGUCUCCGAGUCCGAUGAUGCGCGGUUAUGGAGGCGGAUAUUCAGACUUUAAUCACCCCUCCUCCGCUCAGCAGCAGCAGCCGAGCAUGGGGCCGGCUAAAGAUACAGGCUCCCAGUACGGCUCGGCUGCUCACGGCUGGGGGGGACAACAAAUAACUCACCCGGCGUUGAGCCCGGGGAACACCGGGCAGGGCGGCGGUAGGUCCCAGGUGCCGCCCAUGGACCCGAUGUCGAUGAAGCGCUCUCAGCUCUACAGUAUGAGCAACAACCCAUACUCGCAGCAGCAACAACAGGGGGCACCUUAUCCUGGCCAGUCCUAUGGUGCCCCCUCCCCCCACAGAUACCCGAUGGGAAUGCCCAGCAGGGGGCAAAUCGGGAUGGGACCGAUGCAGUACCCUCAGCAACAGGUAGGGGAUGCUCUCUUCACCCGUUCUUUCACAUAG